AUGGCUAGCUCACCCACUGAACACCAUCUUGUAAGGAACACAAAUUUGUCAAAGUCUCCUCAAAUGAAACGACAUGAAGGAUGUGUCAAUUCAGGUGAGGAACACAGUACCAAAUUGGGGACAUUGGGAACAGAUGGAAAUACCACGAGAUGGGACAAGGGAAAAAAUUGCACAUUUAAUAAUGCUAAUAAACAUUCCUUAACAAAUUGCAUAUCGUAUGAGGAGGAAAAGAAAAAAAAUAACAAAAGGGUAAUUUCUCCCACCCUCUCAACAAGUAAAAUAUGCAUGAGCAAAUUAAAAAGUCUAAAAAAGCCCCCAACAAAUUUGCAAAAAAAUAAAGGAGAAAAAUCCUUAAAACUUACAACAUUUGCAUCCAAGUACAGAAUGACUAAGACAUGUAAACUCAAAGGUGAUAAUCAAAAGAAGAGGAUGUAUCAUCAUAUCCAAAGAGGCAGUAGCAGUUGCAGUUGCAGUUGCAGUGAACGAUCGAAUGUGCUUAAAAAUAAACAGAAGGACAGGUGUAACAUUUCUUGCAAACUAGGAGUUUCAAAUAUAAUGAGUAAUACCAGAGGGGAUGCUUCACUUCUUCUUAGUGCACAACCAAAAGGUGACGUUUCUCCACCUUUAAAGAAAAUGCACCACAUGACUAAAAUAAAAAAAAAAAAAAAAAAAAAAAAUGAACAAUUGUUAUUAAAAAAGAAGACAUUAAGUGAGUUCUUAAAAGAAAUGAACGUGAAAUGCAUAAAAGAAAGUAACUACUCCAAUGGGUGCUACAGAGAAGUAGAAGUACAGGUAGACUCAAAAAGGAGCAAUCUAAUAGAUGUCAUAGAUGAAUCGAUAGCGUGGAAUGAGCCAAGUAGUGGUGAAAGGAUGAAUCAUAUCCAAAAUUUUAAUGAAGCUUAUAGUUUUCUUCCUAAUACAUACAACCAUCAGAACGGUGAUGAAAAUCAACAGGGGGAUUUUCACUCAACUGGUUUGGUAAACCAUUCCAAGUUCGAGUAUUCAGAUGAUGAUAUCAUUCAAGAUGAAAAGAAAAUACAGUGCAUCAAUAAGUUUAUCGAAUCUGGUGAAGAUGUACCCAAUCAAUAUGUUGAAAUGGCUCUUACAUAUAACAGUUGUAAUGAUCUAACUGCUGAUUCUCUGAAAUAUGGAAAAAUUGUAUAUAAUAACGAAUUAGAGAUUGAUGAGAAGCAUAACAAUACAUAUCCUUUUGGUGAAGGUUCAAAUGAUGAACGUCAUUUGAAAAAGAUUGUUAUGAAAGAAAAUGUGGAUGCAACAAACUAUGACUUAAAACAAAAUGAUAAAAAUGAACAUGUCUCAAAUGAUUACAUAACGUAUAAGCAGUAUGUUUUUAAAACAGAAUCUAACAGUAGAAGUAGAAUCGACCAGGAAUGUAUUAACAGUGGAGCAGAGAACCUUGAUACACCUGGAUUCACACAACUAAGCAAUAUCAUAACGGUAAGAGAUUCCAAUGGUACUGAGGAGGAAAGUAUGAGUGGCAAACUAAUUUUCAGUAAUGAUCAAUCGAAUGGAAAUAUGUGUAUAAUACACCUGAACAGGGAAGAAGGGAUGCAUACCCACUUGGUGGGAAGUAAUUCUAUACACAAAAAUGAUGUGGUGGUGGAGGUGGAUGAAGUGAAUGAAGUAGAUGAAGUGGAUGAAGUGAAUAAAGUGAAUGAAGUAGAUGAAGUGGAUGAAGUGGAUAAAGUGAAUGAAGUAGAUGAAGUGAAUGAAAUGAAUGAGGCUGUGGAAGGGCAUGCAACGGAGGGAGAAGAAAAUAAUAAUGCAUAUAUAAUGAACCCCAAUGAUGACAAAACUUGCUGUAAGAACUCUGACGAAAUAGAAGAAAUUCACUCUGACCUAUCCGAUUCCUUUAUUAUAAGACGUUUGCCAGAUAUACCAAAGGAUGCAAGUGUUAUCUGCAGCAGCAGGGAUGAUAUAUGUACCUUAGACCAAAGACACGCAUGUCCUUCUGCUUCAAAUUGUGUAUCCAAGAGUAAGGAUGAAGAUAGAAUCACAGAAAAUUACCACACGUCUUCCUCUAAAUCGUUUCUAAAUAAGAAAGGGGAAGGAAUGUCAAUUUUUUUUGGAAAUCAAAGAGUCAGAAGAAGAGAAGAAAAGAUCAUCCAUCAAAAUGAGGAAGAUGGGGAUGCUGCUUCAUCUCACGGUUCAUUGGGAAGACACGACAACAAAUAUGAUAUGAUUAAUUUGAGAAAGGGUGAAUAUUUACCUUCCCCUUCCUCAAAAAAGAACAAAGUUUAUGGUGACAAUGUCUGUGGUGAUCAAGUCUGUGGUGACCAAGCUUGUGAUUACCAACCGUGUAGUGACAGCAAUAAUAACGGCAGUUGUGCUCUCCCUCCAUCCAAUAGUAUCAAGGGAGAGAAAAAAAAAAAAAAAUGUGGUAAAGAUCCACACACAUAUUUAUAUGAUGAUAUCCUUUUCAGUAACUCUUUGCUUAGCCAAAGAAGUGACACGUCCAUAAUACACAUAGACAGUUUAGAGGAUCUAACGGGUUCAUGUGUUCAUGCGAAUAUGCUGAAAAAUAUGAAUAAUAUUCAAAAUAUUCCUUGUGAUAAUAGGAAUCACACAAAGUACACAAUAAACGAUGCUGCUGAUGCAAAGGAUGACAUAGAUGUGAGAAGCGAUACAUGCAAUGAAUCGUUGAGAAAUUCUCAUGCCAUGGGGAUUUUCUCAUGUAAGUUAUUCAUAAAAGGUGAUGAUACAGACCUCAAGAGAGUUUGUGAAAACAAACGUGAUAAUCGAAAUGACUCCGGUGAAAGUAAUCUCAUUGGAGAUGAUAUGCCAUUUGGUUUUGUCACCAUGUCUUCUUGUCCUCAUGGAGACGAAUCAAAUGAAAAAUCUAACGCAUGGAGAAGGAGUGCUCAAAGGGGUAGCUGUGCUGAAGAUUCAUUCCCAGUUUCAGAUUUUGUGCAUGCAGAUGAUAGUGACCUUGUCGAUCCUAUAAAUGACCAGGUUGGAGAUGUCUGCUCAAGUGUGUCUAAACGGAAGGAGAGCAAGAAUGGACCCCUUGAUGACUCCACGAACAAUUUGAUAAGGGAUCAGCAGAAUGAUGAGAGUAGGAUAACACAUUUGUCUCGUUCCUCCUUGGAAAAGGAAGAUAUGAAAAUUGUAACAUGUGCAAAAGGAACUCUUAUAAAGAACGAAGAGAAUAUUUCCUUGGGGAAGAAUGAUACUAAUCGAAAAUUAUAUCUACAUGAUUAUUUACCUGAACAUGUUCAUGUGAAAAGGAAGAAGAGUAGUUCCUUUUUUUCAGAUAAUAAUACUCAAAAUAAAAAAGUAGAUAAAUUUUCCGUAUUUAGAAGCUAUAGUAUUCAUAAUGUAAAGGAUUUCAAACGAAAUUUUCCAAAAAAGUGUGAUAACAUUGUACCCAUAUCCAACAAUGAAAUGAAUCAUAAUAAAAAGAAGACAUCUAACAUUUUCCAAAAAAUUAAAAAUAUUAACACAUAUAAACAGAUUGCUAAAGAAGGGGAGGAAAUGAAAAACAGCGAUCUGUACCAUAAUCAUGCUUCUAACACCACGGGUUAUAAGCAAUUGUCUUUGCAUAAUUUACCUACGACACAGCCUGUGGCAGCUGUUGUUUCCCUUACCAUUACCCAGAAUGAGAAUGGUGAAAAGAAAAAGAAGAAAAUUUUUAAAAGUAAACUGCUCGAAGGAUUGAAAAGGUUAAUUGGGAGAAACGAUGUUAAUCGAAAUCAAGAAUAUAACGAGAGAGGAGUAGGAGUAGAAACGAAUAUUGUGGAAUGUGUGCAAGAUGAAGACAACAAGAAAAGUUUGGAAAAUGUCGAUAAUGAGGAGAGAGAAGAAGAAGAAGAAGAAGAAGAAGAGGAAGAAGAAGGAAAAAAAAAAAAAAACAAUCAUAGGGACAAUAAAUGCAAUAGUGAUCGAAAUGUAGAACCUCCCAAAGAAUCAGUGCAUCGAAUGAGGGUAUACAGUUAUCACGAAGAGGUGAUAGCAAGCGAACAAAUUUAUAGAAGUAGAAGAAGUGCCUCCGUGAAUAAAAUAGAAGCAUGGAAAGGAAGGGGAACUCUGAUAUUCGAUCAUAAUGGAGGGAGCUCGGUUACUCAGAAUGUGAAAACAAUUAACGAAAAAAAUUGUGAUAUGGUGAGGUACAAAUCGGUUGAUAGUGCACUUCUACUUGAUAAUGCACUUCUACUUGAUAAUGCACUUCUACCUGAUAAGGCACUUCUACCUGAUAAGGCACUUCUACCUGAUAAGGCACUUCUACUUGAUGAUGCACUUCUACCUGAUAAGGCACUUCUAGUUGAUAAUGUAAUGCCUUUACAUGAGUGGAAAGAAGAAUUCAGAAAUGAGAAAUUUUUUAAAAUGAAGCCUCCCUCCCCCGAGUGCAAACCGAAUGCGUGCGAACGGAAGGAAAUUAUCACCAAUGACAUGAAGCAAAUGUUGAAAAAUUAUAAAUACACUAACGAAAAUAUGAAUGCCAUUAAUUCUACUUCUAGCAAAAAUGACAAUUCAACUCUAGGUGAUGAAUUUAAUGGUGAUAAUAAUGAGAUAUCUUUAGAAAGGUUCGUGGGUGAUGAUUCGACAUUUGAAAAGAUGGUGCAUAUCAGCAGGUGCAGUAAGGCGUUCCGUGAUUUUAAAGAACACACAGGAAAUUUAGUUAUGGAUAGACAAGAUGAGGACAGUCACUUUGAAUUUAUUCAAUCGAAAAUGAGUGCUGCUAUGGAAAACUCAAAUUUUUGUGGCAGUGAUGAUGAGCUUUUCUUACGAAGAGACGAAGAAGCGGAAAAAAAAAAAAAAAAAAAAAAAAAAAAACAUUACCCACAGGGGGGAGAAGCGGUAGAAGUGGAAGAAGUGGGAGAAGUGGGAGAAGUGGAAGAAGCAGAAGGAGCGAUAGAAGCAGAAGGAGCGGUAGAAGCAGAAGAAGUGGAAGAAGCAGAAGGAGCGAUAGAAGCAGAAGGAGCGGUAGAAGCAGAAGAAGAGGAAAAAGCAGACGAAGCGGACGACGUGGGUGACAUCACGUACGUUAGCGAUAAUAUGAAAAAUUGUAAAUGGAUUUAUGAUCCUGUGCAAUAUAGAGAAGAAUCCAUGGAAGCGUUACCGGAGGUAUCAGAGGAACAGAAUAAAAAUUGUCACAUGCAGGGAGAAGGGAGCGAAAGUUUUCUAUUUCACAAAAUGGAGGAACACAAAUCGGAUGAAGCGAGUGUACAAACGAGGUUAGCUAAGGAAGACGCUUUUUUGGCUUUAGAAAACGAUGCCCUAAGUGGGAUCAAUGCCAAGUUGGCUAGCGAAAAUGAGGCAUUAAGUGGGAUCAAUGCCAAGUUGGCUAGCGAAAAUGAGGCAUUAAGUGGGAUCAAUGCCAAGUUGGCUAGCGAAAAUGAGGCAUUAAGUGGGAUCAACUCGAAGUUGUCUAGUGAAAAUGAAUCCUUAAGCGGAAUUAACUCCAAGUUGGUCGAAGAAAAAGAAGCGUUAAGUGGGAUAAACUCGAAGUUGGCUCAAGAAAAAGAAGCGUUAAGCCGAAUCAACAGCGAGUUGGCUAGCGAAAAUGAAUCUCUAAGCCGAAUAAACACCAAGGUGGCUAGCGAAAAUGAAUCUCUAAGCCGAAUCAACACCAAGCUGGCUAGCGAAAACGAUAUGAUGAAAAAUGAGAAUGACAAAUAUCACAGAAAAAAUGAGCACCUCAUGGAGGAACUUGAUCGACUUCAAAUCGAAGUGGAAGGGAUGAAAACGAAAAAUGAGAAAUCGGAGAUGCAGAAGGAGAAAAUCAGAAAGGAUUGUGAAAAACUUGAAAGAGAUAAAGAAAUCUUAAAAUCAGAAAAAAUGAACAACAUACUGAAGAUUAAUGAUUUAGAAGAGCAAAUAAGUAAGCAAAACAAAUCUGUCAAAGAAUUAACAGCAGAUCUAGAAAAAAAAAAUGAAGAAAUAUUAUUACAUAAGGAAGAAAUAAGCAAAAUGAAAAAUAAUCUAGAUAAAUUGAAAGAAGAAAUGAAACAAUCUCAUUACAAAAUUGGCAUUUACACACAAAAUGAAAAGAAAAAUGGAACAACUCUGACAACAUGUGAAGAAGAUAUACACAUGUCUAGAGACGAGACAAAAGAUUUGGAAUGUGAAAGUGAACAUUACAUCCUAGAGGAACACAACAAUAAGGAACAAAGAAAAUUCAUUGAAGAAAAGAAAGAAAAAGAAAAACCGAAUGAUUCAAUUGACCAGUGUAAAAGCGAAACAAACAAUAGAUACGUAAACACUUUUAAAGUAAUAAAAAAUUAUAUUUUUGUAAAAAAAGGUGAUAAAAAGAGAGAAGGAGGGAACCUAUCAUCUUUUGUUAAUUAUGAAAACGUGAGCAAUGAGAUAGACAUGUUGGAUAAGGAUACGCUGAAAGAAAAGUUCAAAAAUAUAGUAAUGGAGUAUAUCCAAUUGCAACUACGACUAGAUGAAUAUGAGAAGUGUAAUAUGAAAUCAUGCGAUAGAAAUAAGGAACUAAGCAUAUUGGAGAAUCUAUCAAAAAAUGAACAAGAAGAUGUGGAAGACGUGGAAGAUGUGAAUAUACAAGGAGACAAAAAAAAAAAUGACAUGAAUAAUAAACAGAAAGAUAUAUGGAAAAAAGAGAAACAUUCAGAAAUUCCGUUAUUGUUCAUAGAUAAUGCGUUAAGUGAAAAUGUUACAUCUUCGAAUGAAACGAAUGAGGAAAACAAUGAUCUAGAGAAAUACAAAAUCUUGUGUAUUCAACUUGAAAAGGCGAACAAAGAUUUGCAUCAAAAAAUGAAAGGAAUUUCGAAACUGUUAAUGGCUCAUUCGGAAAAUGAAAAUGAUUCCAUUUAUAAAAAAAUUUUAGAGAAAACUUCAGAAAUUAUUAAAAGUGUUGAUAUGAUAAAUAAAAAGAUAUGUGAUUUGAAAUGCAAGAGAAAUAAUAAUGAAGAUGUCAGUGAAUAUUCUGAUUGUUUGAUUUACUUGAAUUCUAUUUCGAUUGACAUUUUGUUUAUCAACACGAAUAUUUCUCUCAUAGAUGAAAUUGUCAGGGGAGGACGGAACUACGUGGACAUGCACGCCAUCGGAGUGGUUCCCUCUAGUUCGUCUUCAUUUGAGAGGGGAGAGGGGCAAUGGGGUGACACGCUCCAUGGUAAGUUGGGUGGUAAGUUGGAUUGCAAGUUGGAUAGUAAGUUGGAUUGCAAGUUGGAUAGUAAGUUGGAUUGCAAGUUGGAUGGUAAGUUGGGUGGUAAGUUGGAUUGUAAGUUGGAUGGUACGCUAGAGGACACUGAUGAUAACAUGGGGAAAGACCUGCACACGACAACUGAUCAAAGAGAAGAAAACUUCGACAGAGAACUAGACAGGGAAAAGAUUAAAAAUGUAAGAAGUAAUCGGGUUAGAACUGUUCAGAAGGAAAGUAAUGUUCAAGGAAUUGAAUUCAAAUUUGAAAAUUUGGAUUCUGAGACGCAUCCAUCUGGGUCUGAAAAAAGAGAAGAUGCAGAUUUUCUGACAUUUUUUGAAAUUUGCUUCUCCAGCGAUUUGUUUCUAAUUAUGUGCUAUGUUUGCAAGGGGAUUAACGAAAUAAAUACAUAUGUAAGAAGGGGAGAAGAGCAUAACUACAAAAGGGCUAUGUGCAAUUUGGCUAGCUGCAUAAACGAAAUGUCAAGUUUGAGUGACACGAAUGGAGGGAAUGGCAAUUAUAGCAAUCCCGACAAUUAUAGCAGUCAUGCCAAUUAUUCGAAGUAUCAGAAUUAUUCGAAUUAUUCGAGGUGUCCGAAUUAUGACCAUGGCAACGAUGAUAACAGUAGCUGUAACAGUAGAAGUAGCAGGAAGGAGAAGAACAGCCCCUUCCUUGAAAAUGCUACUGAACUGUUCGUCUUGUUAAGAAACCACCUGAACAAGAUAAUGGACCUGCUUCAGGAUGAAAGGAAAAAUAACAUUUACAAAGUGAUGCGUGAAAUAUAUUGCAUGAAAGAUAUAGUUCGAUUUGUUUUGUUCACCUUUCUAAAAUUUCACCAAGUGAAUUGUGCUUUUUCAGAAAUGGACAAAAGGUACCAUGGUCCCAUUGAAGAUCCUAUUGAAGUUCCCAUUGAAGAUCCCAUUUCUCUGACAAACUUGUCACCGUGUGUUAGUAAAAUAUUCACAGAUGGGGGAAGUCCCUCUAAGGGUUUUCCAAAAAUGGGUUCAAACAGCCAACGUGAAAAGGAUUCUCCUUACAGAAGUGGUGCCAAGUUAGGAAGCAGUGCCAAGUUAGGAAGCAGUGCCAAGUUAGGAAGCAGUGCCAAGUUGGGAAGCAGUGCCAAGUUGGGGAGUGGUGUAAAACUGAGUAGCAACGGAUUCAGUAAGAUGGUCCGAAUGAAUAACAACACAUGUGAAAAAAUUUCGAAGUAUGACUUGGGAAAGGUUGCAAAGAGAAUGGUAGAACAUAACUAUAACGCACACAUAAUUCCCUGUCUAAUUGCAAACUAUGCAGAUGGUAUAAUUCUUGAGAAAAACCACGAUAAGAAGGAAAGGAAUAGCGAAUUCGUCAUUGAGAUGAAUAAUUAUUCAACAAAUCUUUUUAAAAAAAUUUGUGAAAAUAUGAAAUGGAAUAAUUUAAUUAUUAGCAGUGAUUCUUUUAUAAACUAUUUUAAUGAUGAUCAUUAUAAUUAUGAUGGUGAUGGUGACAUGAUGAAAACAAAAUUAAGUAAGAAUUUUUUUUUAAGAAAAAAAAACAGGAUAAAUGUGGACAUCGUUUAUGAAUAUCUCGGUGCACUAUUCAGGCGAAAUGGUAGCAAUAAUGGACGUAACUCAUUUUUCAGUGAAUAUUUUAAAAUUUUACGUUCCUCAUUUUUGCAAUAUCCAUUGAAUUCUGGACAUUUAAGCGGAGACACUUUACAACCCUCUACCAAUUUUCAAUUUGCAGAUGCAGCACUGGAGAGGACAAAUUGCAGUCUCAGCAGUACCAUCAAUGGUGGUCUUUUCAAAAGUGCAUCUUUCACAGGUAAUGGCACAAAUAUGGCUCAACGGAAAAUGGACAUGAAGAGUGCCAUAGGUGAGACAGCUGCAAAAGUUGAAAAAGUUGCAAAAUUUUCCAAAAUUGAAACAAUAUCUAAAGGUGAUGAAUCCUCCUCUAACAGGAGGAAGGGCAGCAGCUGGAAUGACAACUUGGUGAAAAUGAACGAUUGGGAAGAAUAUCCCUUGAUACGUCUUGACAAUACAUGUAUAAGUGCUUUGUUUCAUAUGUGGCAUAAAAUGGAAAUUUUUUUUUUCUCAAAAUUAAACAAUAGCUGUGAAGACGGUUCAGCAGAAGGAAACAACAGAUUCGGGACAUCUGACAAAGAAUUGUGUUUAGCAGAUUCGAGGGGAGAAAUUCCACACAGAUUCAGAACCCGUUUGUUUGCAAAAAGGGAAAAUGUAGUAUCCCCUUCUCAGCUAGGAAGCCAUGACACUUCAUCUAUUAGUGUGAACAAAUUAGAAUUGUGCAAAGGGGAAGAGAGACAAACGGGGGUAACAGAAAGGGGAGCAAAAUUAACAGGAGAAGCUUCCUCAACGCAUGAGGAACCAGAGGGAGAAGAUCUCCCUACAAUGGAUAGAUAUCUGAAGAAUAUGAUACUUGACAUAUUCGAAUCGAGUGAUGAAUCCAAGCCGAUUGGGAUAAAUAACUUCAUUUGGUUAUUCAAAAAACUGAACAUAUAUGUACAUGAUGACAAUGUUGUACAUUCCAUGUGGUGUAUAAUGACUGGGAUGAAAGAUGUUCAAAGUGCGUUACAAAAAAGUAUUCCCCUUUCUACUUUCAUUAAAAAGGCUCAUUCAACGAACCCAUCUUUUAUUUUUUAUGAACACUGCAAAACGAGAGUAAAAUUGCGACAAGUAAAACAUAAUGUAAAAUUGCUAAAAAGAUACAAUAAGAAAUUACUCCUCUUGGUUACUAACAACAUUUCCCUUCCAUCCCAAGACGAGGGAAUGGGCAUACCUCCGUUAGCAAUCUGA